AUGAGCCGAGCUCCCGCAGCUGUACCUUACUCACACCACAACAUCAUUUUCUCGCAACCUCCAGGGAAAAUGUACUCCAACGCUGUGUACUAUCCGAAUUGGCGGAUAUACCGCAACCAGCCACCUGUGUCACUCAACUUUGACGUUAUCUCUCACGUCUUCUAUGCCUUUGCUUGGGUGAAGCCGGACGGCACCGUUUAUCUCAGCGAUGAGUGGGCAGAUGCCCAAAUCAAGGUCCCUGGUGCAGACGGCAUCCCGGAAACAACAGGCUGCCUGAACUCCUUUGCUCAAAUCAAAAAGAGAUACAAUCGUCUCCGAGUCGUCUUGUCCGUAGGCGGAGGUGGCAAGGGAAGUGAGCCCUUCGCUGAAGUUGCCCGCCACCAACAUAGCCGCGACCGAUUCGGACAGACUGCCCUAGCACUGGUACAGCAAUUCGGAAUAGACGGCAUCGACAUCGACUGGGAGCAUCCCUCAAAUGCACAAGAAGGCUCAGACUAUAUACACCUGUUAGCCACUCUCAGAGCUUAUCUGCCUGCACCCCAAUAUACCCUGACCUCGGCGCUCCCUGCCGGCGAAUGGGCUCUCCAGCACAUCAAUCUCGGACACGCGGCCCACUAUCUCGACAUGGUCAACCUGAUGUCCUACGAUUUCUCUGGCUCAUGGGUAAAGAAAUGCGGACACCAUGCGCAAUUGUUCACUCCGCGGAGUCCACACUCCCCUGAUGCAGCUAUCUCAUGCCAUUCAGCUGUGUCGUACAUGGUGCGCCAGGGGGUGCCGCAGAACAAGAUCCUAUUAGGCGUACCAGCAUAUGGGCGCUCGUUUACCGGGACAAAGGGAGUCGGGCAUUCCUACAAUGGCCAUGCGGGCGAGGAGGGUACAUUUGAGUACCAAGAUCUACCACGACCAGGCGCAACGGAGUAUGUGGACGAGCAGAUUGGCGCGGCGUACUGCGUGGGCGGAGAUGGCGGGUUCGUUACAUACGAUACCCCGCGCACCGUCCAGAUGAAAGCGGGAUAUGUGCGGCAGAAUGGGCUGGCGGGUCUGUUUUAUUGGACGGGAACUGGAGACGCGAGUGGGCAUACAAGGAAGGACAGGAGCUUGGUGUAUAACGGAUUCCUCGGACUGUUCCCGCAGUGA